AUGCAUCAUGGGGUGCCACUAGCGAUUUUAAGCGACCGCGGCCCCCAAUUCGUGAGUUCUUUCUGGGAAAGGGUAUGCGAAAGGCUAUCGAUUCAACGCCGAUUAUCCACGGCAUUUCACCCCCAGACCGACGGUGCAACAGAGCGUGCCAAUCAGGAGAUCGAACGAAUUCUACGUUUGUUCACUACGUACUCACAGGAUAACUGGAAGGAUCUACUACCAAUAGUCGCCGUGGCGAUUAAUAAUCGCGAUGCCGCUUCAACUGGAAUCUCGCCAUUCUUCUUCACCCACGGUUACCACGUUGACCCGAUUGGCAUUGACGAAGCAGGGCAGCUAGAAGGCGCCCUGACCCCACCACGAAAGGCAGGCGAAACGUUCGUGAAUCGCCUACGAGAAGCCACCGAUUGGGCCCAGGCCGCUAUCGCUUCCGCACAGGCCCUUCAAGAGGAGCAAGCGAACCGACGUCGACAGGCUGCGCCUGUCUAUAAAAAGGAUGAUUGGGUUUGGCUAAACCUUCGGAACAUACGCACACGACGACCGUCAAAGAAGUUGGAUUGGCUACAUACUCGAUACCGAGUAGUAGACGUUCCGUCACCGUUUACCGUCCGACUCAAUGUGCCUACUGGCAUACACCCAGUGUUCCAUAUUGAACUAGUUCGUCCGGCAGCAACGGACCCGUUCCCAUCUCAGCUAGUAGACGAUUCGCAGCCACCACCACUACUAGUUGACGGAGAAGAGGAAUACGAAGUCGAGCAGAUCCUAGCUAUACGACGGAGGAAGAUCGGACGAGGAUAUCGUGACGAAGCGCUGGUGAAAUGGAGAGGAUAGGCUGAGCAAACGUGGGAAACGCUAGAUUCAGUGCGGGAUUACAGCGCCUUAGAUACCUUUGAGGAGCAGCACGGCACCGUUUCGGAGGUGAUUCGCCAGCAAAUCGGCACCGAAGCCCAUGCCGUCGUGCCCCUGAUGAGAUUAAGACUAGGAGGGGGG